UCUCACCUUCCAAGAUGGCGCCGCUCGUUGGUAAACAAAAUCUGUUUCUACGUGACUAACGAAGUAACGGUAUCGCGUAGGCCUACUGAAACCGUCAAAAUAAUUAUGCUUGACAAGGAUCACGUUGAGAAUGUUGCAGCUUCCCUCGUUAGGGAGUACCUAAGUAGAAAGGGACUAAAAUUGAGCCUGCAGUCAAUGGACCAAGAGCUACCAAGAACAGACAGUAGUAUUAGCAACAGGGUCCAAUUAGCCAGAGAAGUCCACAUUGAAAAACUACUCAAGAAAAAUAAAGAGCAAGCAGAACCAUUGAGGUCAAUGAUAGAAAUUAUCACCAAGUACUUCCUUGAAAAGGCGUUAUGUUCGUCUGGCAAGACUGAGGUAGUCCCCAUCCAUGGACUGCAGAAUUCUUCCCCAAGUUCAUUCUCAAUGAAGUCAAGGGAUACCACUUCCCAUACUGGAAAAGAUUCUGACAGUACAACUGAAAGAGUUCAUCAAAGAGUUAACAACAACAGUAGCAACACUGGUCACAAAAACAAAAGGAAAAAGAAGAAUUCUACUAUUGAGUCAUCAAGUAAGUCAUCUGCCCUUGAAACUACUGACUUGGAUUAUGGAGCUGGCUUACCACAGGAGGAUUUAGGUGGCACUUAUGGACUCAAUCGAGGAUCUACUCCUGUCAUUACAAUGAAAGAACGACCCACUGUGAAGGAACCUGAGAAGUACCUUGAAUCAAAUGAAGAAAGGCUGAGUGCGAAACAUCAGAGAAAUGGUGGCAACGAAAGGAUUGAUACUAGGAAUGAUACCUUGCCAAAAAGGAAUGUCUUGCAGCCAGGUAGUAGCACCCGUUCUCGUGGAUUAGGAGGUCCUAUUACAAGCAGUCUAGAUAGUCUGAGCAGAAAGAAACCAACCAACAAGUGUACACCAACCAGAACGAGCCUCACAGCCUCCUCCUUUGACCCUGGUCUUGAAGAAAAACCCAAGUCUGAAAAAUCUUCAACAAAUCGAGAUAGGCUCAAGGAUCUAGGAUUCAAAUUUGACUCUCCACCAAAGAGUAACACAGAGGACUCGGCUAAGACAAUAACCUCAGAAACACCACAAAGAAGACCAGAGUCUCGAACCAGGAGGUCAGUGACAGAUGUGGAUGCCGUGAUUGGGGAAGACUUCAGAGAUAGGGCUGAUUCUUCGCCAGAGCAGAAUCAGGUAGACUUAAGAAAAAGCAGAGGAACCUCAGCAAAGAGGAAACAAAAUGAAAAGGGGAAAGUGACAUAUGCUAAGCAGACUCUUGGUGAUGUUGAGCUUGGUGACAUUGAUGACUUGGAUGAUGAUCUUAGCAAUUUACAACUGAAGCCAACCACAAGGAAGGUGUUGAAUGCAGUUGAUGGAAGACCAAUCACACAAGAGCAGGCCAUUGAAUUGAAGAAUGUUGUCUUUGGCUCGCCUUCUGGUGCAUUCAAUAAUGAAUGGAGAAUGCAGGGACUUGGAUUCAGUGAUAUUAAUAAAAUGAAAUUUGGCAUCAUUCAACAUAAGGGAGGUCCGUGUGGUAUUCUAGCUUCUAUUCAGGCAUGUUUCUUACAACAUUUGCUCUAUGGGGAAAACAAAACCUCCACAGUAUCAAGUCUUCAGCCAACAAGCCAAGUUUGUAGUGAGUGCCUGACCCAAGCUAUCUGUGACAUUGUGUGGAGAGCAGGAGAAAAGAGACAAGCAGUGAUAGCUCUGCCAUCGACGCGAGCUCAGUUUACCCCAUCAGGACGAUAUAAACCAGAUGGUUUGACAGAAAAGCUGGUACUCAAUCAUUUUAAGAAGAAAGAGGACUUGUUGGAGUUUGUGUCAGGACAUGCUGGGGUGUUUGAGUCCAGAGCAUCCAGUGGUUGCAUCCUGGUGUUAUACUCUGCAAUACAAUCAAGAACAGUGGACAAAGUGAUAGAGGACAUGGACGAACCUACCAACAGACUAAUGGGAGCACAUGGCUAUUGCACACAGGACAUGGUCAACCUCCUUCUUACUGGCCGGGCAGUCUCCAAUGUCUUCAAUGAUAAAAUGGAGCUGGACUCUGGGAACAAGGAUAAAUUGAUUCUGAGGGGUAUUGGUAGUCGAAGUGAUAUUGGGCUGCUGUCGCUCUUUGAACAUUAUGGGUCCUGCAAGGUUGGAAGUAACUACAAGACACCUCGCUAUCCCAUUUGGGUCAUCUGCAGUGAAAGUCAUUUUAGCGUCUUGUUCUGUUUGAAGAAAGAACUCUUAAAUGAUUGGAAGGUUGAACGUCGUUUUGACUUGUAUUACUACGAUGGUCUUUCCAAGCAACAAGAUGAAAUAAGAUUGAGUAUUGACACAACUCAAAGUUGCCCAGAGCACCAAGAGGAGGAUUUGGUUCCACCACUGGAGCACUGCAUCCGAACCAAAUGGCCUGAUGCGGUAGUGAACUGGAAUGGUACUGAGCCCAUCUUGUAACUGGCUGCUGAGGAAAAAGGACAAAGUGGAAGCAAUGAUUAGCCUGCAGAAAGUGGCCUUGGAUUGAUGCUUGAUUCCUUAGGAGUUGUUUUCAUUGUGGCAUCCAAAAAUGCUUGUAAGGUAGUUGAACUGUGUUGAAUUGUUUAUUAGGCAUUGUGAACCCAGCUAACAAUUUGGUUUUAUAGAAUCAUCAUUAGCAGGGUGUUGGCCUAUAUCACAACUUUUCGGGUUUAAAUUUAAAGAAAAAUGACACAAAAACAUACACGUAGUUACCUACUGUUUGAAAUUUUAGAAGCAGUAACAAAGCUACAGUUUCAUAUGUCAUAUGUUUCAUAUAACAGCAGUAGGUUCACAGUUAUGAGAUUUGAUACAUUAACGUGUAACAUUUUGUCACCAAACGACAACCUGAGCAGCGUCUGAGUUUUUUUUUGUUGCAAUACGUUGCAAAGAUUCCACCUUUCAGUAGUCACGUUGACCAAACACACAGAACACAUGAUCUUGUGGUAUAUCAGGACAGAAUAUAGUGCAGAGUAUAUGGCUGAGGUAUAAUCAGACACGACGAGAGCAGGUAAGUGUAAUUGAAUUCGGAGACUCAAGCCAGUGGAAAUAAAAAAUAAGACGUUUAAAGACUGCGUUCACCACUUAUAGAUUGUACCAUUGAGGUAGGAUGAGAUAUGAAGAUUUGUAGGAUUUAGAAUAAAGUAUGGAGUCCCAGUUAUAAUUUAUUUACUCAGCAACUUCUUGAACUAUUUUAGCAUAUCUCCGGUUGUGCUAAAGAGCAGCGUUUUCGGAUGUCCCAAGGUAUAUUUCAACAGAGAGCAUAAUGUUAAAGUUUAUCAUGAACCUUAUCCGAAAAAAAUGGUAUCGUACGAGGGACACAAAAGGUUUACACAGGCCUGUCCAACACUAACAUAGACCUAUACCUCGAAGAUGGCCGCUACGCACGAGGUCUAUAUACAGCUACGUAGCCUGAUAAGGUUUUUUUUAAAAUAAGUUUGUGCCUUACACUGUAGCUUGAAUUCACGAAAACUCAUCUAAAGUGUGAGUGGACUGGUCAGUUUGAAAUGCCGAGUGUAUUAUUUAUUUGUCGUUCUUGUAUCCCAAUGAUUUUCGUUAAUGAACACUUGAUUAAAACAGAACAGAAAAAAAUCUGCGGUGUA